CACGAAAUACAGGGCAAAUGAUUGCACGGCUGUAGGAGAGACUGUAAAGAUAAGUGAUGAUGUAGUGGAUUGUGCAUUUUGGUGAACGUAAGUGAAUGUACGAGAGUCUAAUCAGAGAAAAGUGUAUGUACCAAGGACGUUAGAUAUUAGGAAAGUUUUCACGCAAAUGGGAGGACCCCCGAGUUUUGCGUGGAGAUGGCAGCACCGUCGUCAGCCUGAAGCAUGUAAACAAAAUAAGUCCACUUCGAAGCUGUCGACGUCUUUGACAUGUCCUGUGAUGCCCCUCAACUUUGCCGCUGUGUGUGCGGGAGGAAAACCCGUUCACACCCUGAAGUUAAGCGGCAUUUGUUCCACAUAGAUACCAGAAAAACCCUUUGCAGUCACCUUGGUCUUCUAUAUGCUGGGUAACGCCAUCCUUCUACCCUGGAACUUUUGUAUCACGGCUGAAACGAUGAUGCAGCCCUGAGUGCAGAAAGUGAAAAUGACCUACAAAAACUGGCAAAUGUGCUUGAAAGUGUGUGCAAGAAGAGGAAAUUAAAGUACUGGAGAUAUAAGCUUCGAAACACAACUUUGAAUGACUCAAACUAUGCUCAUAGUUAUCAAGAUGAUGGUGGUGAUGAUGGAGAGACAAGCCUGACCCAGACACCACUACAAGCAUCCUUCAUGCCCACCUUUGUUCUUGUCUCGAAUGUGUUUUCCACUGCAUUCUUCUUCGUCACUUCCUUUAUUGUAAAGAGGCAUGUCCGGCUCUGCCCUGCCACCUGACGCGGCCUUCCAAGGAAUUAGGAGAAGGAGCAACAGUGUUUCUUCAAGGACGAGGUCUCUUUCCCGGGAUUGUAGCGGCAGUUCCUCCGAUUUUUCGCCUCGGCACAGUCGGCGGCAUAGGAGUCGCCGCCGUCAAGACCAAGAACACGUGCCGCCCCACCAUGUCAACAAACCGGCUCAACCACAUGGAAGUGCACAGAAUCUUCCUCUGCACCAGGCAUCGGCUUCCGCGCCUACAGCUCCCGAACCUUCAUGGCGUUUAGUGUUGGAUGAGUUGGCGGUAUUGAAAGGUGAGGUAGCGAAACUUCGUGCUAACACACAUACUCACCCUCCUCCGUUACCUGAGGAUCAUCUUCCGGGUACUUCAGGAACACACCACACAGUUUCACCUCCAUUCUCGGGCUUUAAUGACUCCAGCAGCGAGGAUGGGGAGAUUAGAGAGGUGUCACAAAGGGGCAGUGUUUUGCAACAGGCAGCCAAGGCUUUGGGGCCCUCUGACAGUGUUUCUGCAGACAUUGACCAACAGGUGGCAGUUAUGGUUAAUCAAUUGUUUGACAACGGUAUGCAAAAGGAAGACUACAGGGCCAUCUUGGAGGAAUCAGCCACCAGACGACCAAACAACUGUCCUGCAUUGGCGCCUGUGGAAUGUAACCCGCAGAUUUUGGGUGCCUUAAAGACUGACGCGAAGAAAGCUGAUUUUCGUCUUAAGGACGUAAGUGGUGACAUUCUCAAGGCAGGUACCAUUUUAACUAGGUCACUUCUAGCCCUGGAUGUAGUGGCACAGGAGAGUGACCACCCCGCUGUUGUGCAGGAAGUAGGUAUGAUUAACGGCGCCUUGGCGUUGUUGGGUCAUGCCAAUCACAGGUUGAAUUUGGCUAGACGUUUUCUUAUGAAAAGGGAAAUUAACCAGAAAUAUUCCCACUUAUGUGCUAAUAAGGUCCCCAUGUUGCGUUUCCUGUUUGGGGAUGAUGUGUCUCAAUCGGCCAAGCAGAUCGAGGACACAGAAAAGUUAAAGAACAAGUUCUCCCUCAAGAAACCGGCAUACCCUUGGAAAACCACCAGUGGCAGGUCACGUGGCUACUGGGGGCGAACGUGGCAUAGAAACUCCGCAAUGAGGUUCCAACCCUAUGGCCUGCAGAGGUCAGGCGCCAGGACGGGACAACGUCAACUACCAGCGCGGCAGGACGCGGACUCAAAAAACGCCAGGAGCCGGGGUCCACAGAGACCCCGGCAGUAGUGGAGGUGAGUGACACCUUUGAAGCUGGUAGAAUUCAUAAAUUCACAGCAGAAUGGAAAAAACUGACACGUGACCCUGUAAUUUUAGACAUUGUGCAACAUUGUCAUUUAGAUAUAAAUGUUGAGGAAAUUGGACAUUUAUUCUCAAGGGAGACUACAUACAAGUUCAGUGCAGUAGAAAACCUUAUAAUCAGUGAUGAAAUUGAGAAACUUUUGGACCUGAAAGUCAUUGUGGCCACACAGAGGGAAAUGGGACAAGUUAUCUCUCCAAUUUUCUUAAGGCCUAAAAAGGAUGGUGGGUAUAGGAUGGUGCUGAACUUAAGAGAACUCAAUUUCCACGUCCCUUACAAACAUUUUAAAAUGGAAAACUUUGAACAGGCUAUUAGACUGAUUCAUGCAGGGGACUAUUUAGCUUCGGUUGACCUUAGACAUGCUUACUAUUCUGUCAAGAUUGCUGAUGAACAACAAAAGUUUUUGUGUUUUAAGUGGAACAAUAAUGUUUAUCAAUUCACAUGUCUUCCUAAUGGUUUUUCAGAGGGGCCACGAAUUUUCACAAAGCUAUUGAAACCAGUUUUUGCAACACUGAGGGAAAGAGGGCAUUCCAUUACUAGCUUUAUUGAUGACACCCUCAUCUGCAAUAACACUUGGUCAGGAUGCCUUGCAACCAUUAAGGACAAUAUUGAUCUCCUCCAGAAGUUGGGUUUUUGUAUUAACGCAGAGAAGUCGGUGUUGACACCCACCAGGACCAUUGAGUAUUUGGGGAAUGUGAUUGAUACUAAUUCCAUGACGAUCACCUUACCGGAACGGAGGAGACACAAAAUUAUUCAGGCCUGUCGGAAUCUCUUGGGUAAAAGCAAGGAUAGAAUUAGGGAAGUAGCCAGUUACAGGUCUUUUGGUUGCUGCCACUCCUGCUGUGGAAUUAGGGAAACUGCACUACAGGAAGUUGGAGACGAAAAAGACGGCAGCUUUACAGCUUCAGUAUGGUAAUUUUGAUAAUUGGAUGACUAUUACUGCUGACAUGAAAACAGACUUGAGUUGGUGGCUUGAUAACAUCUAUACACAGGACAGGAAAAUUUUUAGGGGUGGCACGGAUAUUGAUUUAUACACAGACGCUUCCAGUUUAGGCUGGGGGGGCCAUCUCAACAAUCGAGCCACGUCGGGUAGCUGGUCUUUGGAGGAAAAAUUACUACAUAUUAAUGCACUUGAAUUGAAAGCCAUUUUGUUUGUCCUUCAGACUUUUAGACAGGAGUUGAAAGGGCAUUACAUUAAGGUUUAUUGUGACAAUACCACAGCAAUGACAUAUGUGAACGAGAUGGGAGGUACUAGGUCUCAAGUGUGCAAUGUAAUUACGGGACAUAUUUGGCAGUGGUGUGUGGAUAAUGGGGCUUGGAUCACGUGUUCACACAUCCCAGGCAAGGACAACACACUAGCUGAUUUAGCCUCUCGUAAGGUGAAUGACAGGCAUGAGUGGAAACUGGACAUACACCUAUUCCAACAAUUGUGUGGCAUCUUUGGUACUCCAGUGGUUGAUUUGUUUGCAUCUCGGCUCAAUAGGCAGGUAGAUUUAUUUUGUUCUUGGAAGCCAGAUCCAGAAGCAACUUAUUUUGAUGCCUUCUCUCUGAACUGGGCACGGUUUGGACUAUGUUAUAUUUUUCCUCCAUUUUCACUAAUUACUAGGUGUUUGCAAAAGAUGCGUGCGGAAGGGGCGACAGGGUGGAUAGUAGUGCCACUGUGGAUGUCGCAGCCAUGGCUGGGCACCCUGCUCAGGAUGUUGGUGGAUCACCCAAGAGUAAUCAUGGAGAAACACGGGGUCCUUGUUCAUCCAUCCUCCGACGAAGAGCACCCGAUCAUGCGGCACACGCGAUUGAUGGCAUGUUCGAUAUCGGGGAACACUUGCAGGAACAAGGAAUAUCUGCGGCAGGGGCAAAAAUCAUCAUGGCCUCGUGGAAAACAGGUACACGCAAACAAUAUCACCCACAUAUCAGGAGAUGGUUACUGUUUUGUAGUAGAUGGCAUAUCAAUCCCUAUAAUCCCACUGUACAUGACAUAAUCAAUUUUUUGUCUGAAAAUUUCCACUGGAACGUGGGUUAUGAAUCAAUUAACACGACAAGAAGUGCUCUUUCGUCACUUGGUCUUGUGGUAGAUGGGUGCAGUGCUGGGAACCAUCCCCUGGUUGUCAGGUUUAUGAAAGGAGUUUUCAAUUUGAGACCGCCUCUACCAAGGUACACUGAGACCUGGGAUGUACAAUCAGUUCUGCAAGAACUAAGAGCUAUGUACCCACUACAUACACUAACACUUAAGGACCUUACACUCAAACUAUGUUGAUGGCCCUCACACAAGCUGCCCGGGUUCAAACACUUCACUUAUUAACUGUUAGGGGCAUGCACAUUGAGCAGGACUCCAUUUCGGUUCAAUUAAGUGAUAGCAUUAAACAAUGCAGACGACGGUUUAACAUUCGUACCAUUACAUUUCAAGCUUACUCGACGGACGCUAAUCUGUGUGUUUGCACAACUUUACGGCAUUAUCUUGCAAGGACGGAGGAAAUUAGACAGGGCAAUUCACAGGCGACACACACCUUACUCAUCAGCUUUAUCAAACCCCACAAAGCCGUUACUAAAGACACUAUUGCCCGUUGGAUCAAAACGAUGCUUGAUAGGGCAGGGGUGGACACAACUAAGUUCACAGCUGGUAGUGUGAGGCCGGCUGCAGCCUCGAAGGCCAAAUCCAUGGCAGUGCCAAUUUCUUGCAUCCUGGCUAAAGCAGGAUGGUCUAGGGAAAGUACAUUUGCAAAGUAUUAUGACAAGCAUGUUAUUAGGCCAGGUGACCCUUUCCAGGAGGCAGUACUGGGGUAAAUGUUCAACCCUUAUUUUGAGUAAUAAGCAUACAUAUUUGUGGUUUACAACUGAGGGUAUGGUAAUCAGUGAUGCACUAUGUGUUUGGAGGCAGGGUAGCUGGUAUGGCAAGGUUUAUUGGUAUAAAUAUAUGUAGAGGGGCAUGUAUACAUCCUUUCAGUAGACAAGGCAAUAAAUUGGUAUUUCAACAAUGUACCAAUAUGCAAAGUGACACUGUUCAGUUGGGGAAUAAAAAUUUUUGUGUUUA